ACAGACGUUGUUCCUCUCCCCACAGCGAUGGUUGGUGGUCGACUUUGUUAUCGUAGCUACUUCGUACACAGCAUUGUGCUACUUCUCUGGGUCUACCUCCAAUAUGUGGAGACUUCCAGUGGAAAACAUGUUAUUCAUAAAAAAGUUGGAGAUACUGUGGAGCUUUCAUCAGGCUUACCAACUGAAGGGGUGACUGCGGCAACAUGGAAAUAUGGCAAAAUAAUAAUUGCAGACAAAGACAUUGAAACCAAUACGGGUGUUACUAAAGGCUCUCCAUUUAAGGACAGAUCAGAGCUAAACCAUCAAAACUUUACUUUAACAGUGAGAAAAUUGACUCUUCAAGACUCAGGUGAUUUCAUUUUUGUCUCAGCAACAAAAGAGAAACAGAGGGAUUCAGUCAUCAUCACUCUGCAAGUUCAUGAUCCCAUAGCUAAGCCUGACAUAAAAAUCAGUUCUACCUGGAUUUCCUCAAAUGAAUCAUGUAAAGUUCUGCUGGAGUGCAGCACAACUGGUGAUGUCAGCUACAAGUGGACUGUAGGAAAACAAACACUAACUGGUCCCAGGCAACAAUACAUCAUCAGGGAGCAGGAUGGAGAGACAAAUUUUACCUGCACAAUUUCCAAUAAUGUCAGUGAGAAGUCUGCAUUUCAAACUGUGAAAGCAACUGAAUGCAGCAACAGUACACAAAAAGAUCUAGAAAAAUACUUCCUUAUUGUGGGCAUAGCUGGUGGAUGUUUCAUCGUUGUCAUUAUAGUCUGUAUAAUUGUGGGAGUUUGUUGCUGCAAAAAAAGACAUGUUGGAAGUGACACAAAUGACCUCACUGUGUAUGCUGAUGUUGGUGAGCUUACAAAUGAAGAUGGGACUUCAUCUUCCAUGCAGCCUUGCUCGUUGUACGAAACCAUUGAUAACAGAGUCCCAACAGUUAAACCUGGGCCCCAGACCGUGUACGACAAGAUCCAGCUUAAUCGUGUGAGAAAGGUUUCAGUGUCGCCGUACCAAGACAUUUCCUAGAUGGUGUAUAGCUUUUAUUUGUUUGUCCAUUUUUUUUUUUUUAUGUAACCAUGGUUAAAGUAAAAGUUGGAAAAUGGGAAGCCCUUGAAAAUACAAGGCUAAUAAGACAAGAAGUAACAUGUUAUAAAGGGAGAUUUGUUAUUUUGGCCUUUUUUUGAUGGUUUAUUAUACAUGAGAAAAUAUCGUUAACAAUGUUGUAAAUUUUAUAAAUAGAGAAUAUAUUUAUUUUUUAUUCUUUUGAUACAUUUAAGGGAUUUAAUGUCACUGUAAAUUAUUUUAUUAAUUGUUUUGGUAAUGCUUGUUUCAAUAAUUUUCAAUCAGUUGGCAUUGCUGCAAUCCUACCUGCACAUUAUGGUAUGCAGUGCUCAGUCUGAAGCUGUUGUCAAAAGAGUUAACACUGAAUCAGAGCUUCCUCAUUUCCUCAUUAAAUCAGGGUUAAAUGUGUUUAAAGUACGGCCUUUAAUUCCACUGUCUGACCAAACCAAGUUACAACCAAUCACAGUAAGCUGUUUUAUCCACCAGUGUUCCUCCCAUUAUGUCACAUAACAAAAUUUAAUAAAUAUAUACGCAACUCAAUUUUGUAGAAUUGAUGGAAUAAUGUAAUAUAACUGG